GAUAUCAAUAUGUAAAAUUACAUUCAUAAAUGAGUUACUAUUUUUCACAUUUUGAUGUACUUUUAUUUCAAUUAACUUGUCAUAUCUGUAGAAUCAUCAGCUGGCUGGCUGGUUGGUUGGUAGAUUGGUUGGUUGGUUGGUUGGUAGAUUGGCUGGUUGGUUGGUAGGUUGGUAGAUUGGCUGGCUGGUUGGUAGAUUGGUUGGUUGGUUGGUUGGUUGGUUGGUUGGUUGAUUGGCUGGUUGGUUGGUUGGUUGGUAGAUUGGCUGGUUGGUUGGUAGAUUGGUUGGUUGAUUGGUUGGUAGAUUGGUUGGUUGGUUGGUAGGUUGGUUGGCUGGUUGGUAGAUUGGCUGGUUGGUUGGUAGAUUGGUUGGCUGGUUGGUUGGUAGAUUGGCUGGUUGGUAGAUUGGCUGGCUGGUUGGUAGAUUGGCUGGUUGGUUGGUAGAUUGGUUGGUUGGUAGAUUGGUUGGUUGGUAGAUUGGCUGGUUGGUUGGUAGAUUGGUUGGUUGGUAGAUUGGCUGGUUGGUAGAUUGGCUGGUUGGUAGAUUGGCUGGUUGGUUGGUAGGUUGCUUGGCUGGUAGGUUGCUGGGUUUGCAGGCUGGCUGGUUUGUCAAUCACUCAGUCAGUUCAUUUGUUCGUUCGUUAGUUCAUUAAUUUGUUGAUUCUUCUUCAUUUAGACUUUUAUCUCAACUCUAAACUCAGCAACUCAACCAGUGACCCAAGCAGAACCAGAGUGAAGUGAAUCAGGAGCGGUGGGACUGGAGGGAACUCGGUGGACAGGAAGUGUUGAUGAACUGGUUCCCUGUGGUUCUGUUUGAAUCAGUCUGAGCUGUUGGUGAUGAAGCGUCUGAGCAGCCGCAUGCUGAGGAGGUGGACGGACCGCAGGAGGAGCGAAGACGAGGAGGACGAGGAGACAGACAGACCAACUACCAGACUGAUGCUGAGGAGGAAGUCUGAACCCUGUGGACGGACGGAGGAGGACAAGAAGAAGACGGAGCGCCGGAGGUCCCGAACCAGCAUGGAGGCCGAGGACGGGUCGGACAGGAAGUCCUUGAUGCUGCUGGAGGACCGAGGAUGCGACAGGAAGACAGCCAGGCGGCGCUCGGAGCCCUGCAGCGUCCUGAACGUCCAGCUGUUGUCCAGCAGGAAGAGGAUGGACAGGGGGAGGUCCGACCUGGCUGGGGACCUGCAGAACCCCCACAGCCUGUACUCUACUCCUCCUUCCCCUCCUCCCCCUCCAGCUCCUCCCCUCCCUCCCCAGGAGGAGGUGAGUGUUUUCCACCUGGAGACGUACCUGAAGGAGCCGAGGCGUCCAGAGACCAGGAGGCUUCGCUCCUUCUCCUCUCCCCCGGACACCUCCUCCUCCUCCAGCUGCCAGACGGCUCCUCUGGCCCCGCCCCUUCCGGCAUCUCCUCCUAUCAGGAGGCUGGUGGAGGUUGCAGACGGAAUGUCGGAGCAGUCGGACCCUGAAGAUCCAGGGUUGCAGGAGUCAGAGAGGGACAUCUACAUGCGCUUCAUGAAGUGUCACAAGUGCUAUGACAUCAUCCCCACCAGCUCCAAACUGGUGGUGUUCGACACCACGCUGCAGGUGAAGAAGGCGUUCUUCGCUCUGGUGGCCAAUGGCGUGCGAGCAGCUCCUCUGUGGGAGAGCAAGAAGCAGAGCUUUGUGGGAAUGUUGACAAUUACAGACUUCAUCAACAUCCUGACCAGAUACUACAAAUCACCCAUGGUGCAGAUCUAUGAGCUGGAGGAGCAUAAGAUCGAGACGUGGAGAGAGCUGUACCUGCAGGAGACCUUCAAACCCCUGGUCCACAUCUCACCAGAUGCCAGUAUCUUCGACGCCGUCUACUCGCUGAUAAAGAAUAAGAUCCACCGUCUGCCGGUCAUCGACCCGGUCAGUGGAAACGCCCUCUACAUCCUGACACACAAGAGGAUCCUCAAGUUCCUGCAGCUGUUUGUGUGUGAGAUGCCCAUGCCGGCCUUCAUGAAGCAGACUCUGGAGGAGCUCGGGGUCGGGACGUACAACAACAUCGCCUACAUCCACCCAGACACGCCUCUGAUCACCGCGCUGUCCGUCUUCACGCACCGCCGGGUGUCUGCGCUGCCUGUAGUGGAUCACCACGGUAACACAACAACACACACAGCAACACAACAGCACGGUAACACACAGAGCUCACCCCGUGUGUGUGUGUCUGCAGGUAAGGUGGUGGACAUCUACUCCAAGUUCGACGUCAUUAACCUGGCGGCUGAGAAGACCUACAACAACCUGGACGUGACGGUGACGCAGGCCCUCCGCCACAGGUCCCAGUACUUUGAAGGAGUUAUGAAGUGCAACAGACUGGAGACGCUGGAGACCAUCGUGGACCGCAUCGUGAAGGCCGAGGUUCACAGGCUGGUCGUUGUCGAUGAAGAGUCUCGUAUCAUCGGAAUCGUCUCUCUGUCAGACAUCCUGCAGGCCCUGGUCCUCACUCCUGCUGGUCUGACCAGGAAAGAGUCUCUUCCUUCACAACCAACAGCUUUGGACUCAACAGACCCUGAGACAGUGUGUCAUACUGGACUGGACCAGGACCAGGGACUAGACCAGGGACUGGACCAGGACCAGGACCAUGGAUUGGAGCCUGAUCCAGAGACAGAAACCGCACCUGAACCGAACCAGGACCAGGACCAGGACCAGGACCAGGAGACAGAUAAAGACACAGAAACAGAAGCUGCAGAGACCUGCCAGCAGGGGGAGACAGCAGAGGGUGGAACAGCAGAGGGUGGGACAGCAGAGGGUGGGACAGCAGAGGGUGGAACAGCAGAAGAUGAGACAGCAGAGGGUGGGACAGCAGAGGGUGGGACAGCAGAGGGUGGGACAGCAGAAGGUGGGACAGCAGAAGGUGGGACAGCAGAGGGUGGGACAGCAGAGGGUGGGACAGCAGAAGGUGGGACAGCAGAGGGUGGGACAGCAGAGGGUGGAACAGCAGAAGAUGAGACAGCAGAGGGUGGGACAGCAGAGGGUGGGACAGCAGAGGGUGGAACAGCAGAAGAUGAGACAGCAGAGGGUGGGACAGCAGAGGGUGGGACAGCAGAGGGUGGAACAGCAGAAGAUGAGACAGCAGAGGGUGGGACAGCAGAGGGUGGGACAGCAGAAGGUGGGACAGCAGAAGGUGGGACAGCAGAGGGUGGGACAGCAGAAGGUGGGACAGCAGAAGGUGGGACAGCAGAGGGUGGGACAGCAGAGGGUGGGACAGCAGAGGGUGGGACAGCAGAAGAUGAGACAGCAGAGGGUGGGACAGCAGAGGGUGGGACAGCAGAAGAUGAGACAGCAGAGGGUGGGACAGCAGAAGGUGGGACAGCAGAGGGUGGGACAGCAGAGGGUGGGACAGCAGAAGAUGAGACAGCAGAGGGUGGGACAGCAGAAGGUGGGACAGCAGAAGGUGGGACAGCAGAGGGUGGGACAGCAGAGGGUGGGACAGCAGAAGGUGGGAUGGAUCAGGAGGCUGAGGGGGAGGAGGAGGCAGCGUGACAUCAUGCGUCCCUCUGGACUCUGGUCGAGUCGACCACCACAGAAGAAGAAUAAGGGAGAGAAUGAUUUUUAUUGGCCAUCGGCUGGACAGGCUGCGAUUGGACAGCUGCUCUGUGGGCGGGGCUGGUGGGUGACUGACAUGUGCUGGAACCAAUCAGAGACCUCAGAGGAGGAGCAAGGAUGGGGUCAGAGGUUUGGUUCUGGAGGUUUCAUGGAUCAUACUAAUUCCUGGAGAUUCACAGUUUAGAAAACAAGGAAUGAAUGUCAGACAGUAAUCAGAUUACUUCUGUUUCUGGUAUCAGAUUACUAACUACAGGUUCACUAGGAACUCAGUGGAACUAAAGUGAGGUUCUCUGGUUCCUCCUUCAGUUCUCCUCAUGGAGGAAACCAGAGUCCACUCAUUUCUUCUCUGUGUUCUUCAGCUGCUCUCUGCUGGAGGGGUUGUGUUCCUCUACCUUUCUCUGGAGAACACCUCAAAGGUUCUGCUGGCUUCAGGACUCACACUGUCCAGGUCCUGGUCCCACUUGGUUCUAGUGGAGAAGCUCUGGUGUGAUGUUGUUCUUUGGAUGUUCUCCUGCUGGAAUGUUCCUCUCCUUCAUCUGGUCACCCAGUAUCCUGGUUCCUCCUCAGACCUUCAUGCUGCAUCUAGAAAUGUCUUCAACACCUUCUGACCUCAUGCAGCCCCAGAUCAUCACACCUCCACCUCCAUGCUUCACUGUCAGGACCAUCCAUCCACUGUUGUAGUCCUGGUCAGGUUCUCACCAAACAUCUGGACUCCAUCUGAGCCCAACUCAUUGAUCUUCAUCUGACCAAAGAAUGUUCUCCAGCAUCCAUCAGGCUUCUUCUCAUGUUCUUCAGCAAACUUUCAUCUGGAAGUUUAGUUCUGAGCAGCAGCCAGGUUUAGUUCUGGUCCUCCGUCCAUAGAGGUUGAUGUUCUGAAGGUUCCUUCACACUGUCUGAGCUUCACACUAACUCUGGUUUCCAUGGAGAACCCCUGAACCAAGUCUGAAGCAGCUGAUGUCUGUUUUUACAGCUGGAUGGAGAAAGUAGUUCACUGUGUGUGGAGUCACUUUAGGAGCUCUGAUUAGUGGAACUAUGAGUUUGUGUUUUCAGAACAGAGGUGUUAAACUAGAAGUAAUUUGAUUACUCUGACUGUAUUAAUUUCCUUUAUAAAUGUCUCUUCGGUCUGGCAGCUGUUUUUUGUAUUUUCUGCUCGUCCUGGUGUCCAACCCGUCCUGCAGCUUCUAUUUAUUUGUCCUGUGAUUCAUUAAAAGCAGCCUGAGGAUCAGUGAAUUGAAGAACAGGAAUAUUAAAUCAACGUGGAUCCGUCAAACCCGAUCAGAAGCUGUAAACCUGCAGCAGAACCAGCAGAACCUCUAAAUGACCCACAUUCCUCCAGCGGGUCCCUCUGUGAUGUCAUCACACAGGGACAGUCUCUGAUUGGUGGAGUGGUUUUAAACGGACAAAUCACACUUGUAGUUGUUCCUGUUCCAGAUCUGGGAUGUUAAUCCUCGCCGUGUGCAGAUUGUACCUGUAUCGUUUUCCUGACAGAAACCCUUCAAACUCUGGUUGUUCUUUAGGUGUGAAACUCUAAAUAUGUGCAAAGAUGGAUUCUAUUGUUAAAUUAAUGUAUUUAUAAGUUAAAGAUGAUUCACUGCUCACUUUGGACCAAUCAGAUUGAAACACAUUUAAUAAUAAGUCUGACUUUAUAUUCUAUAUUAAUAUAUAUGCAUAAGUGUUUUGUCCAGAGUGCCCACGGAGACUCUGGGAAAUGUAGUGCUGUAAGCUAGCAGGAAGCAGCAGGAGCGUUUCCAUGGAGACUCAUCUGAAGUGCUGCUGUUAAAACUAUCAAUAAAACGUCCUGAUGAUUCGUC